AAUUUCUUCGGUCAUCACCUCACCAGUCGCCAGCCCAACCUUUCUCCUUUGCGCCAGCGCAUUUUGACAACAAAAACUCAUCGAGUCCACUGCAAACAAAAAAAAAAAAAUCCACCUACAAAAGGCGCUCAGCCCCUCUCCCCGCCGAAACUUUCUCUGUCCCGCAUCACCAAAAACCAAAACACCUCAGAGACCGUCGCCUUUCGCCGCCGCCGGUCCAUCAAUCUCGUCCCCCCAACUUUCCUUUUUUCCCACGAGAAACCCCGGAACAUCCGAGUUUAUGUCCAUCGAAAAUCUCAAGUCCUUCGACCCCUUCGCCGAAGCCGACGACGACACCGGUGAUAUCAAAAAGGUCGAGAACCACAUCCAUAUUCGUAUUCAACAGCGAAAUGGUCGCAAGUCUUUGACCACGGUCACUGGUCUUCCUGCUAAGUUUGACCCCGGCAAGAUUCUCACCUUCUUCAGGAAGGAAUUCGCUUGCAAUGGCAACAAGGUCAAUGAUGAAAAGGCCGGCGAGGUGAUCCAGCUCCAGGGCGACCAACGCAAGAAGGUCUUGGAUUUCCUCGUUGACAAGAAGAGCGGUCUCGGUCUCAACCCCGACAACAUCACCGUUCACGGUGCCUAAAUCGUCCUCUUCGCGCCGCCGCCCCCGCCGCCCUUCCAGCGACUUGGCUUCACAGCAUGCUGGUGAUGAGCGUGUCGGAAUGGGGCUGUUCGAGCAGCCUGUGAAUCUCACACAGACGCCUACCGCUACCUCCAUCGUCUAGUCGAAACCGCUUUGCGCCCAUAUCUUCUUUUGGAGAGGCCUCAAGCGGUCUCACGCGAUGAAGGCCUUACCCCGGCAUAAUCCACCGGCGUGCGGGUAGCAGCGUUGUUAGAAGGUUUGGCCGGCCGGACGCCAUUGAUAGGACGGGGUUGAGAGAGGCAGCUUUACUAUUAGCAUAACUUACGCACCUACUUCUGCUGCGCUGCGGCACAGUAGCCCAAGUUAGCUUCUUUUUUUCUUUUUUUUUACGUUUUGACCAAAGGGUCUAGGCUACGGGCCAAGGAAACUGGCCCUGUCAGUCUGUCGCUAUUCUUCAACUGGCCAUUUUAUUACUCCCCUUGCGUUCGGGUCUAAAUGUCGGACGGGCUUAGCCGUAGUCUAGGGAAGAUAGAAAUAAUGCCAAGAAAGUGUGGUGCGACGAAUGCCGCUGU